UUUUGUUUAGUUUCCAUAUGUGGAAUAAAUUUUGGUGAGAGAAAGAAGUCGCUGUAUGUGGCGCUGCUGAGAAAGAGGCGAGAGGAGCAGCGAUGGAGGACGACGUUGAGAUGGCAGCGGGGGAAAACGGCGCCGGGGAAUUGGAUGACAUGAAGAAGAGGUUGAAGGAGAUGGAAGAUGAAGCAGUUGCUCUCCGUGAAAUGCAGGCCAAGGUCGAGAAAGAAAUGGGCUCUGUUCAAGGAAGACCCUGCUGCUGCUGCUGCAAACCAGGCAAACAAGGAAGAAGUGGAUUCUCGAUCCGUCUUUGUUGGAAAUGUGGAUUAUUCAUGCACUCCAGAGGAAGUGCAGCAGCAUUUUCAGGCAUGUGGGACGGUGAAUAGAGUUACAAUCCGAACAAACAAGUUUGGGCAACCUAAAGGAUAUGCUUACGUUGAGUUUGUUGAAUCUGAAGCUGUCCAAGAAGCUCUUCUUCUGAAUGAAUCUGAACUUCAUGGCCGCCAACUUAAGGUAUCUGCAAAGAGGACUAAUGUUCCUGGUAUGAAGCCAUACCGUGCUAGGCGUCCUAACCUGUAUAUGGGAUUCCGAGGCCGGGCGCCAUUCAUGCCUGCUCCUUAUUUUUUCCCUCCUUUUGGAUAUGGAAAGAUUCCAAGGGCUAGGGCGCCGAUGCGUUACAGCCCCUACUUCUGAGACUGUUUUGUUUUUCCGUAGACGUACAUACCUCUGGAUGGUGGGACAUUUCAUUAAAAGCAGUAGCUCUUAUCCCCUGUAUGGUUAAUUGCCUUUACAUAUCUUAUUAAUCCCCAAGUUGAGUUUUCUGGUGAGCUUUGUGGCAAAUAGUGUGAUGAUGAAUCCUUUUGGUUUUGUGUCUUUAGAGUUGUUGAGAACAUAUGCAUGUUUGGAAUUUCUACUGUAAUGUUGCAUUCCACUGCAGAAAAGAAGGAAAGAACCGUUUGAGCCAUUAUUGUGUGGUUGUGUAGAGCUUUUAUUGGAUUUUGUGAUAUUUGUAGGUUUCCGGUCGCACCAAUCUGGUGAAGGAAAGACUUCUCUUUUUCCCUCCAAUUUAUUAAUUUUGAUAUUAUUAUGCAAA